UUCAGGCGAUCAUUUGUUAUUUCAUUAUAUAUUUUUUUUCAAUUACAGGAAGAUAGAUAAUGAAUAAGAGAAAUUUUGAAGAUAGAGUUGGUAUUCCAUCAGGAAUGGUUCGAAUAAUUUCAUGUCAUCAUUUCUUGUCCCAAGAUGUAUUUUUAUCAGAUUCUGAACCUGUAGCACUAUGUACUGCUCAGGAAAAAUUAUUAGUGGCAACACUCCAUCAUAGUAUUGAAGUGCGUGAUUUAGAUCAUAGAGGUCGUAUCCUUCACACAUUUCCUACUGUGGAUCGUGUGAAACAAGUAAUUUAUUGUGAUGCUGGUAAUUACGUCGCAACAUUAGAAAGGAAAUCUUCAAGACAUUCUAAUCCCAUUACCUAUGUGAGAGUAUAUUUGAACUGGUGGAUUGAUAUGAAAGGUCAGCCUAUGAGAGUUCGCAUAGCAGGAUGUGUUACACCCAGUAGUCAGUCAGGUAGUGGACAGUUAGAAAUGGUUGAACUACCCUUAGAUGAAAUGGCCCUAACUAUAUGUUGUUGUAAAAAAACAGCAUCACUUGUUAUUGGCAAAGGCAAAGUUCUUAGUGUAUAUUCAUAUAAUUUAAAAAUACAUGACAUUUCAAAACAGAGAUUUCAUGACUUUGAUCAUUUAAUGGAUAUAUCACUUAAUUUCCCUGUUCAAGAAAUGACUUUAGUUGAAGAUUAUUUUGCUUGCAUGUCAACAAAUGAAAUUCAAGUAUUUCGUGUUAUUUUUGAUGUAAUUCAAGACCCUACAGAUGUUUCAGAAAAUAUGUCAUCUUCAGGAAUUUCUGAAAAAAAUAAAUCUAUUCAAUCUGAUAAUAAUUUUAAAACAGAUAAUCAAGAUGAUUGUAUUGAAUGGUGUUUUGAAACAUAUUUUGAUACUUUAUGCACAAAUAAUGGCCAACAGUUAUCUUCUAUACUUCAUGAAAAUUCUUUUCCUGUAACUAUUCAGCUUCCUAGUAUAAUGAAAAUUAAUCAGAUAGGUAAUAUAAAACCUUAUAAUAAUGAAAUUUGUGGUCCUGUAGUUAAUAUUCCAGGAUGCUAUGUUGAAGUAAAAAUUAAUCCAAAAUAUGAGACAUGUGAGAACAUCACUAUUAGUAAAGCUCAAGUGAUUACAUUACUCUACAGAUACUUUCCUGAGAAUGGAGAUCAUGGUGGAUUACAGGGAUUAAACCUUUGUCCAUUUUAUGUUGAAGAUAAAUUUAAUAGAUUAAUGGUGGAUCCUUUAAGUGCUGCUGUUGCUGUAUCAGAGUCAUACUUUCUUAGUAAUUCACCAUUACAUUCCCCAUCAUAUCAUAAAUUGAAAGGAUUAGGUUGCUUUCUCUGUGGAUCACAAGUUGGUUAUUUAUAUGAUGUGAUGACAAAUCCACAGUUAAUUUGUCAAUAUACAUUCACUGCAUCAAUGAAAAGUGUUGCUGUAGAACCAGAAUUAAUUCAUGUGUUAACUGAGACUGGUCUAGAAACAUAUACUUCACGAUUAAGCCAUAAAAUAAUUCAACAUAUUGAAAAUAUUGAUAAUCUUGGAAAUGUAAGUAUAAAGUUUUAUUUUUAGUUUCUUCUAACAAAAAAUUAAAAUACUUAAUACUAAUA